AUGGGGCAAGUGGUUCUCAAGCAUAACUGCAAGGAAGGGAAUGAAGCUGCUCAUCAAAUGGAAAGGGAAUGUCUUUGGGAUGAGCUUAGUACUGUUUAUGUUGGUCAUGUUUGUUCCUGUGGUGCUCUCCCCAAAUUUAUUGAAGAGCAGAAAAUUUAUCAAUUCCUUAGUGGUAUGUAUGAGUCUUAUUCUACCUGCAAUAGCAACAUCCUUAUGAUGCUUUCCCUUCCUUUCCUGAGUAAGGCAUACUCCAUGCUACAACAUGAUGAGAAACAAAAAGAGACUUCUACUCCCGUCCCUGGUUUCUCCCAUGAUUCUGCCUCCUUCAAUGCUUCAACUGGUCUUAUGAACACUUCUAGGGGUUUUAAUCAGAGGGUCCAAUUUGAUGCAAAGAGAGACUCUAGUUCAUCUUCCAAACUUUCAUGCAUAUAUUGUAAGAAGCCUGGGCAUACCAUUGAUAAUUGCUAUAAGCUACAUGGCUUCCCCUCAGAUUUUAAGUUUACCAAGAAUAGGAGGUCUGCAACUUGUGAUCCGUCUGAUGGACAUCUUCUGGACUCUGCCUUUACCAAACCAAAUUCCUCUGAUGACAGUGGACAUUGA